CGAACUCGGGCAACACUGCAUCAGUUGAUUGAAGUCUGGCGCCAUCGUUGGACGUACGUCAAUAAAUUCUAACUUUUGGCCGCGACUCGCGAUGCUCCUUCGGAAGUGACAUUUAUUUAUUGUGAAGUGCAAAAAAAACUUGUGAAACAUGUUGGCGGACGGUGAAGUCGUUGGUGAUGGUUCGUGGAACCUCACGAUCUUCGUGACUGACUUGAACGAAAAACGGACUAUGGUCGUGAAGGGAGACAUGCAUAUCGGAGGGGUUAUGCUGAAACUGACAGAAAGCUUCGGUAAAGAUUUCAAAAAGGACUGGUCUGACCACGCUCUUUGGUGGCCUACACGUAAUAAGUGGCUGUCCAGACCGAAACACACCCUUGACCAGUAUGGUGUUCAUGCUGAUGCUGCUCUCCACUUCACACCCAUGCACAAAUCCAUCAGGAUCCAACUACCCGACCUCAGAUACAUUGACUGCAAGAUUGACUUCUCUAUUGACACCUUCAGCGCCGUUGUACAACUGUGUAAAAGUCUUGGUAUACGUCACCCAGAAGAACUAUCUCUCUGCUAUCCCCUUGAGCCAUCCCACCUGAAACAGAACUACCAGAACUUGAAAGAGGCUAAAAGGAUAAAGUCUUCACAGCCGCCAGACACGAACACGUUUAUUGCAGCGACCAGAGGCUCCUCAAAUAGUUUGGACAGGACCAAUGGGCCAUGCCCUGCGACUCCGCCUCCACCAAGAUCACUCUCCGCUACCCCUGUAUCUGGACAACAAAACGGCACGCUCCGUCGAUACGGAGGUGUAUAUAGCACACAAAGUGACGGCUCCAGCGACGGGGGGUACUGCGGGACCCCGCCUCGGGCCGCCUCCAUGGAUGCCCUGGACUCCAUAGCCGACUCCCCUCUGGAACCCGACACACAGUCCCGGGAGUCACUUCUGUCACCCAAGUCUCUUAUGGAAAGAGCUAGAAUGAAUGUUGGCUGGCUGGACUCAUCCCUCUCCAUCAUGGAGCAAUACGUCCGCGAAUGGAACACCUUACAGCUUCGCUUCAAGUUCUAUUCGUUCUUCGACCUGACGGCGCGGGCGCAGGACGCGGCGAGACUCAACCAGUUGUACCAGCAAGCUCGCUGGCAGAUACUCAUCCAAGAGGUUCAGUGUACUGAGGAAGAAAUGCUGCUGUUUGCUGCGUUACAACUCCAAAUAGAACUGCAAACCCUAGCGGGUGGCAGCGUUGAUGCGGCGGAUGGUAAUAGUCCAACCCAAGCCAGCGCCCCUGAAGAUGAGAUAGAUGCAGCAUUAUCAGCUCUUCAAACUCAGCUGGAAGGCGGCCCCGCACCGCAUAACGAUAUCACGCAUGUGCCCGAACUGGCCUCAUAUCUUAAAUAUCUUAGCAAGUGUAACAACGAAUACUGUGCUUUGGCGCCAAAACGUUUCACCCUGAAAGCUUACAAGCGCGGCUGGGUGUCGUGUCGUGACGGCGUGCUGCGUAUUCAUGCGUCGCGUGAGGCGGCCGGGAAGGGAGAAUCGCCUUCGUAUGCUGUGGAACUUAGAGGGGCUGAGGUGACUCCGGACGCCCAUCCCGCGUCGGGUCGCUACAGCAUCAAGUUGGAGGUGCCCGCCGAAGAUGCCAUGCACGAGAUGUGGCUCAAGUGUGAGAAUGAGGAACAAUACGCCGAAUGGGUAGCGGCUUGCCGUCUCGGUUCCCGCGGGCGUUCCCUCGCAGACGCCGCAUUUGCGAGCGAAGCUGCGGCCGUACGCUCAUUGCUGGCACUGCAGCGGCCGCAGCCAGCUGCUGCGCUCAACCAGCACUCGCUGCCUCAUCUCGACCAUCUGCAGCCCGAGAACUAUCUUGCGCCAAGGUUCCUCAAGAAGCUUAAGAGCAAGUUCACCCAACGCGUGCUAGAAAGUCACGCGAACGUGAAGGACCUACCUUUACUGGAAGCCAAGCUGCAGUACAUUAAAACCUGGCAGAACUUACGCGACUACGGACAGACGAUGUUCGUGGUACGUUUCAUGGGACACAAGCGAGAUGAGAUCAUCAGCAUUGCCAAUAACAGGAUCAUGCGACUGGAUCCGAACACUGGAGACCAUAUUAAGACGUGGCGGUUUAGUAAUAUGAAGGCCUGGAAUGUAAACUGGGAGAUAAAACACAUGAUGGUGCAGUUCGAAGAGGGCAACAUUAUAUUCUCAGUACAAUCCGCCGACUGCAAAGUCGUCCACGAGUUCAUUGGAGGUUACAUAUUCCUGUCCAUGAGGUCCAAGGAUGCCAAUCAGACCCUCAACGAAGAACUCUUCCAUAAGCUUACAGGCGGGUGGACGUAAACAAGUCGCCCAAAAAGGUUUUAGUGAAGUAGGCCAUAAAUAACGAAAACUGACAACCCUAAACGGGUACUCCAGAAUACUGAAUACUAGGCCAUAAACGUUCGUAACAAAUAUAUAGUGCAAGUUCAAUAGUGGCAAAUAAUAAUUAUAUAUUUUUACUAUCCGUACAACACUGUGUAAUAAUUAUUUAAAAGUUAUGAAUGAAUGGCCUUGAAUAUGUGCCUUUUGACGUGCUAAACUCCGAUAGUGUAUGAUAGUUGAUAUUUUUGUACCAAGAGGAUGCAUUCGUAAUAUUCAAAACAUUUACUUUAGAUCUAUAUGUAGUGCUUCCAAUAACUUCGUAUGUAGCGAUCUUGUAAAUGCCAAAUACAUUUUUGAUGCAGAAUAUUAAUAAAUGAAAUGCUUCCGUACAUUAAUACAUCACUUUAUUGUUUUUAAUGUUAGCUGUAAGAAACAUGCGAUGGAUAUGAGCUUUUAAAUAUGAUAAGUUUAAACUUUAAUGUUUAAUAAAUUGUAGCGUUAGAUUGUGUGGGAGUGCCAUUAUUUGACAUAAUAACACUUUUGAUGUGUGACUAUGAUCCAUUUGGUGCUGUAUCAUUCAACUAGUGUAUGUGCCCAUACAUAACAUUGGGUGGCCUUAACAUACUAUCUGUACUAUGUUUUCAUGUCUUAAAGUGUAAAAAAUAUGAAAAAUCUUCAAUACAAACAUCAAUUUAAACAAUGAAAUACUUUGGUGUUUGAAAUUAAAAUAAGAAAAUUGUUUACAUUUUAGGACUAGAAAAACAAGUAUAGAAGAUUUUAUCGUAUUUUGUUCUUUAUUCAUUGUAAAUAACAUCGGUAUUUUAGGCACAUAAAAUAAGUUAUUUUAUACCAGUGACAAAUUAAUUCUAGAUUAAUGUUUUGGCUUCAUGUUGUAUACCUAAUUAAUUGCAAAGAUUAUUUUAUUAUUGUUGACUACUAGUCUCAUUGAGAUCGCAUAUAAUGCUGUCAUUUUUAUUUAAUUAAGUAUCAUAAAAUUAGAUUAAUAUUAUCGAGUAUUAACAUUAUCUGCCUUAUUUUAUUGUGGAGUUCUGUACAAAUUGUAUGUACUUUAAUUAAUAAUUUUUGAGUAUGUUUGUAAAUGAAUGACGUAAUAAAUGUAAAUGAAUAACA